CGAGCGGUACUGUUUAAAGAGAUGGUGUGGUUCAUAAUAUAUCAAACAAUGUUGACAGCAUUCCUCAAGAAGCAUUUUCACGUUAUUUUAUUCUAUUUAUAAGCAAUACCGUAUAUAAGAAAAACAAUUUAGGGAGGUUGUUCCAUCCACGUAUUUUAAAUAUCAUCACAGCCAGCAAAUCUGGAUGAGACCAGGGAGAGGAUGAUCGCCGCCUCAGAACCGGUGGAAUAUGUACCAGGUGGUCGGGAUAUUAUCUUCAAUCAUCCUGGAUAUUUAAUAACCAGUCAACAUUUGCAAUCCGGCGCGUCAACACCUGGUGGAGAAAAUAUUCUGUUAAAAAGAUUCAGCGAGGUAAACAUUUCAGAAAAGUCUCUGGGAAAAUUAAAAGAGACGUGGAAAGUUCGCAGUAACAAGUUAUGCGGAGAGGAAGAAUUGUAUUAUUCCGGCCGAGUGGCCAUACACAGUAAGGGCAAUCAGGCUAGUCGGGUGUUGGAAGCAACCUAUUCGUGCGAGACUGACAUUAAGCACGCGCUCUGGUGUAAAUUUCAAACUAGCAUUCCCGAUCAUUUGAUCAAGGGAGUUAAAGAACCCGAGGAUGAACAUUCGAACAGUCAGUCUAUAGAGUGCGUUUGCUUGCUUGAUUCGUACACUCUUAAGGUUUUCACUGAAAACGGUGAAGAUUAUGUUUCUACUUUGCAAUUUCAGGUUUCCGCUGUUUGGCCGACAAAGUAUGGAAUUAUACUUGAAAAGAGCGAAGUACCUGUUAGAGAUUCGAGGUUUCUGUCGUUUGAAACCAGCAGACUAUCAUCUCAAAACUAUAGUCAUUUACCUGUGGCCUUUUCGCUAACACAUCCAUUAGACGAGAUUUGUCCAUUGCUCGUGAAGCAUGGAGGUAUAUCGUAUAUGAACGAGUCAAGUCAGCGCAUAAUAUUCACCAGUUCGGAGCCGUCCUUGGCAAUGGUGUACGACACAAGAACUGGCUUGCAUUCGGUCUACAAGAUUCGCAAAGCGUUAGCCGAGGAAUGUCAGUUGGUUUGCGGAAAUAACGACACAAUUCUCAGCUUCUUCAAUCAUUCAGCCACCAUGUCGCCGUUAAAUGCCGGCAGCAAUCUAUCCAAUAAGGGACAACAUCUAAGCCCGUUUCUUCUUGGAGUUCAGAAUCUGCAGACGAGCAACACCGGAUUGGGAUUGUCCAAUACCCCAUUUGGAUCGCGCACCACGUCUUACAGCAACACUUCCAGCGGACCGUCGCCCUCUCCGCAGCAACAACAUUCGCGCUCGCACAGCUCGAUGGCCACCAUUUCUCGCUGUCAAUCGCCGACGCAUUCGGCCGCCGUGUCCCCACUUCUCGGAGCGUCGCAGAAUUCGAAUAUUUAUCACAGUAGAUUGCAACAGAUUGCUGUAACUAACACGAGUCAGACGCACAGUCCUUUUGUUAGUUUCAACAGUGUUCAAUUGAAAGAUAUUCCGAACGGGAGCAAACCCUUGUAUCCCGAGGUUUGCCUCGAACACGUGUGGACGGAAAACGCUGGCACGUCGAAGGAUAUAGCUUUUGGUCGCGCGUCGAAAGUUUUUUUAACAUCUGAUCUCGUCGGACAGAGUUACUUGGGCUAUUUGAUCGCGAGUCGCUCGCAGCUGUUUCUGGUGAGAUUAGAAAAGACAAAUAAGCAGCAACAAGUUAUUUUCGGAAUGACGACAAGCAUCGUGGCCAAAGAUGCUGUCUGUUUGCCGGAUUUGCACAUGAUAGCAACCGUAGACUUGUCAAACGGCAUAACAUUGUACACGGGAAUGACGUGUGUGGGCAAGUUGCAUAUAUCGGGUGUGCUUUCGAAUUUCGGAACAAGCAAUUACUUUUUGUCGAACAGCAACAACAAGCUUGCGUCUCCGUUUCCGAGACGAAGUUCGCUGAUAUCGCAGAACUGCGCUUCGCACGACAUCAAAUUCGAAGAAGCUCUGCAUCUGUUGAGCCCCGUGAGCAAUUGCGGACGUCCGCCAAUGCUCUUGGAAAACUCGUUGUUGGAGACAAAUUUCUUCACGCUUAAAGAAACUGUGGGCAAUGAAAUAACUGUAGAAAGCGGAAACAAACAGUAUUUUCGCAUAACGUUGCCUGUGUCCAGCACAUCUCCUUUAGUCACUAAAUGUUUACACACGUUACGAAAUGUACUUCAGAAGGAUUUAGCGAUGCAAUUGUUAGUGAAGUGGUACGGCGCGAGAAACGCACCGGGUCCGCAAAACUUUUCGCCUACGCAAGAGUGGGAUCUUUUUCUCGUGGUUCUGUUCACAUUGUUAGGAUACGACGUGGAAAAAUUGCGCUCUAUACGAAACAACGAGAAGGAUCAAUGCGCUGAACGCAACAGUCCAAUGGUUGUGCCUAAGAAACAAAAAACAAACAAUUGCGGAUCAGCGGACGAUUGGUUGUACCUGAUGAAUUCGAACGAGCACAAAACUUCACAAAUUUGCAACACGUUGAAGAAUCAGAAAAAAUCGUCCGCCAACGCUCUCGACGAGAUGAUUCAGAAUUCGAUCGAUGAAUCGAUUCCGAGCAACGUGAUCGGCAAAAUAAAUACGCAAUCCGUUUUGUUUCCGCAUCUCCCGCUCGUCUUGUUUUCUCUUCAUCUUCUCUACGAGGAGAUCAAAUUAAAUAGCGUUAUGUCGGAGAGUUUGCCGUUGCUCGGCCAACUGUUGUAUCAGUUGAGUAUAGAUUUGAAGCUCGAGAUGUACGUUCAUCAUUACUUUCUGGACUCGCCCUCGUUGUCGGAAUUGAGAACGUCCAAGUCUCAGAUCAGCGAUGCGGAUCUGCAGAAAAUCACAAUACCGUCUUACGUGCCUCACAAACCGCCUAAUGUAUUCGAAACGUUGGACAACAUGUUGAACGGAAUAGACGUCGCCACGUUCCCAUAUCUGAGUCACGUUAAUCCGGGAACGAGAAACGUCAUUUAUCUGGCGGCAAUGAUAGCCAAUGAGAAUCGCGUAGACGUGAUAGAAAUGGAAAGGUACAUCAAACUGGUCGUGCCACCCGGUAGCCGUAUCGAUCGUCAAGAAAGCGCGAUCAAUCUCGACAGAGAAAUAUUCAAAAAAUUCGAGAAGCCAACAACGGAAAGGAUAAUACUGUCCUAUCACGAAAUGAAUAUGACAAAAGAGGAUCUGGAUGUGCUGCCGCCCGCGAUAUCUCUGAUGAUUAGAGACGUUAUGCACAGGUGUAGAGAAUGCCCGUCAACAAAUUGGCCCACGCGAGCGUACGAGCUCAUAGAUCGUCAGGAUCUGGCCGCUUUGGAUAAGCAUUCGAAACAAUCGUCGAGAUUGAAGCGUAUCGACGGCGAAACGAAGGAUUACGGAAUAAAAGACGAGCAAGACGACGGCAUGGAGUUUGACAACACGAUAUUAAAGUUGCGGUUCAGCAAGGAUCACAGAGUCGCCGAAGUUCGGAAGUUGCUCAACUCCUCGAAACCGGUGAGAAUAGCGAUAGUUCAGGGAUCGAACGUGAGCGAUCACGAUUUCAUAGAGGAGCAGGAAAGACACCUUCAGAUGUUGUGCACAAGAACGAUGGCGCUACCCGUGGCCAGAGGCAUGUUCACGCUUAGAACCUCCACCCCGAUGAUCACAGAACAAUUGCCUAUUCCACGAUUGUGUUUAACAGGCAAGGCACCGCCGCGCGGAACUACCGUCGAGUUGACUCACAUAGACGUUCCGCCGAACAUGAAUCUCUGGCCGUUGUUUCACAACGGCGUGGCCGCGGGUUUGUGCAUUCAUCCGGAUGCCGUGAAUAUCGAUUCGACAUGGAUCGUGUACAACAAACAGCAACAGGGUGAAUACGGAGUGGAACAUUCGGGAUUUUUAAUGGCUCUCGGUUUGAACGGACAUCUGAAGAACUUGGCGCCUCUGAGCACGUACGAGUAUCUGGCCGAUUGUCACGAAGCCACGAGUGUGGGACUUCUGUUGGGUCUGUCGGCUACGCACCGUGGCACAAUGAACGUUUCUAUGACGAAAUUGUUGUCGUUACACGUGGAAACGCUUCUGCCACCUACGAGCAUCGAACUGAACGUCCAACAGAACGUUCAAGUGGCAGCGCUGAUGGGAGUCGGGCUUGUUUAUCAGAGAACCGCGCACAGACACAUUUCGCACGCUCUUUUGUCUGAAAUAGGCAGACCUCCGGGACCCGAAAUGAAGAAUUGCGUGGAUCGCGAAUCUUAUUCCUUAGCAGCGGGAUUGGCGUUAGGUUUGGUCAUUCUUGGUUCUGGUAGCGCAACAGAUUUGCCUGUUAGCAUACCCGACACUUUGCAUUAUUACAUGGUUGGCGGUCACAUAAGACCCUUUUCUGGAGCGCAGAAAGAUAAAUACAAAUCUCCGAGUUACCAAAUACGCGAAGGUGAUUCGAUAAAUAUCGACGUAACGAGUCCCGGAGCGACGAUAGCCUUGGGAUUAAUGUACUUCAAUACCGGAAAUCGCGCGGUAGCCGAAUGGAUGCAACCUCCCGAUACGCAGUAUCUCUUGGAGUUCGUAAGACCGGAUUUUUUACUAUUGAGAGUGCUCGCUAAAUCGCUCAUUCUCUGGGAGAACAUCGAGCCAACCAAAUCGUGGGUUUCUAGUCAUGUGCCCGAUAUCGUAUAUAGAUACAGAUUGCAGAGACCUACGCCGGAAGUUAUGCAACAUGUGGAUUUGGAAACUAUCAAUCAGGCCUAUUGCAAUAUCAUUGCCGGCGCUUGCAUGGCGUUGGGAUUAAGAUACGCGGGUACUGCCAAUAAAAAUGCGUUUAAGACUUUGUACAAUUACACUCAGAUGUUUCUAGAAUUGUCGCACAAAACUGUAGCCGAAUUAGCCGGCAAGUCGACUGUCGAAACCUGCAUGAAUGUCGUUCUGUUGUCCGCUGCGGUGGUAAUGGCGGGUACUGGCAACUUGGACAUCAUGAGGAUAUGCAGACACAUUCGCACUCGCGUGGGACAGGCGAGCGGCGUUGUCACGUACGGAUCCCAUUUAGCGACGCACAUGGCUCUCGGUCUUCUCUUUUUGGGCGGCGGAAGGUACACUCUUUCCAACAGCCCAAACGCAGUGGCAGCUCUCAUAAUUGCGCUCUUUCCCAAAUUUCCAACGCACAGCAAUGACAAUAGGUAUCACUUACAAGCGUUACGUCACUUGUACGUGUUGGCAGCGGAACCGCGUAUUAUCUUACCGAAAGAUAUAGACACCGGUCAUUAUUGCUACGCGACAAUACGCUUAACGUUUGAAAAUGACAAGGAAGCCGAGGGCCAGGAGGUCGCUCUGGAAGCGCCCUGUUUAUUGCCGCAAUUAAAUAGCUUGCGAAGAAUCGAGUUGGAUGACUCGAGAUAUUGGAAGAUCGUGUUCGACAAGUAUUACAACUGGCAACAGCUGGAGAAUAUGCUGGAGAAACACGAGUCUAUAAGCAUAAAACAAAGAGCCGGAUGUUUGUCGUAUCUGGAGGAUCCUCAUGGUUUCAGAAGCUUGGUGGCUCAAACGUUAACAACGGAGAACGCGAUCGCGUGGGGCGCUCGACCGGAAUAUGUUACGUCGUUUACAAAUAAUAAGACUGUGUUGAAUGUAGUGACAUAUUUUUUAAAAUGGUUUAAGAAAGAUACGUCGUCAAACGAAGUGCAAUCCAAGAUGCCGCAAUCCGAACGAUACUUGCUUCAUAUAUUCGCGAUAAUUGUCUACGAAUGCAUCACGAAGGAUAAAGUGAGUCUCGUGCCGUUGUGGUUGCGCAUGUUUCAAAGUGUGCAAGUUAUCGAGGAGCAACCGAACAGUUUCUCGAUGUGGCAAAUCAAACUUCUCUCGUCGCAAAUUUCGAGAAAACUGAACGGCGCGUACGAUCCAAAUCCGUUACUCAGCGUGGACAGUAUGCUCGCGAUCAAACAGAAAACAUCAGCCGUUUUGGAUAAAUGGGAGAAUGAUAUAAAAUGUUCACUUGUAUCUUAUUUUAAUACCGGAAUGGUGCCGGGAGCCGACACCGUAUCUUUGGCUAGAAUGUGCGCUUAUUUUAUUUUCUACGAUAUACCGUAUCCAAUUGACCAAAAAGCGAUCUGUAAGUAUCUCACGAGAGAGCACGUUUCUCAUAAAAAAAAAAAAAAAAAUGCCGUUUUUCUAUCUCGAAAAUUUUAUAUAAUUCUUACCUUAAUGUUUGUUUUUUUUCUCUUUUCAGCGAGUUCACUCGUGGCAACGCAAGACGUUGCAAUGUAUAAAUUGUACAAGAUUCUACAACCACUCUGAGAGAAUAAAGCCUGUAUAAUUUAUUGCACGUGGCGGGACGAGGAGAGUGACGUAUAAAACAAGACUUGGUAACUUUUCACGCAGCGAUGUCGGUUGUAA